UUGUUGGCAAAGCAGCGGCUAGCUAGGCUCCAAGGCGCCAUCACGAGCUAGGCUCCCCGGAUAGAGAGAUAGAUAGAUAGAUCGACCGAGGUCAUGCCGGGCGCCCGGCCGGCUGCGGGGUAGUUUGCUGGUGCGGAGAAGAUAGCUUGCUAGGUCGAUAGAUAGAUAGAGAGGUGGUGCCUUGGCAGCUAGCCCCCCCUAGAGUCAAACCCAGCCGUAUUUAGGUCUCGCCCGGCCGGAGAUAUACAUACGUAGACGCAGACGCAGGCGCAGAGAGAAAGAAAGAGAGAGGAAGCUGUAGCCCCCUCCUUGUGUGUGCGUGUGUGUCGUCCGCCGUCGGCGUCUGUCUCCCUCGAGAUGAUGAUGAGCGAAGGCCAGGGACAGCAGGAGAUCAUCAGCCAGCAGCAUCAGCAACAGCAACAGCAACAGCCGCUGGAGAUGGACAUCACCUUCGGGAUGAGCAGCCAUCAACAUCACCAUGCCCCUCCUUCCUCGUCCUCCUCCUCCUCCAUGCACGCCGCCGCCGCGAGCUUCAUGAGCAGCAAGGAGGCAUCAGGCGCGUAUGACCAUCUGGGGGAGCUGGACCAGGCACUGUUCAUGUACCUCGACCACGGCCACGCCUCCACGCAGCAAGAGCAGCGCCAGACCCUCAACAUCUUCCCCUCCCAGCCGAUGCAUGUGGAGCCAUCACCAAAGGGGGAGCUUGGUCUAGUCCUGUCGCCAGCGCCCGUGGGGUCGAAGAUGCCGUCGCCGGACCACCAUCACCACCACCACCAGCAGCAGGCAGCCGCCGCGGCCAUGGAGGAGUUGGCGGCGGGGAGCAGGAGGCAGCAGCAGGAGCACCACCUCCACCUGCAGCACCAGCAGCAACAACCCGCCUUCGCCACCGCCGAGUCCGCAGGGGUCAGCAACAACAAGGAUGUCAAGCCGCUGACAAAGAAGGAGCACAAGAGGGGCUUAUCCACCGGCGAACGCGACCCAAAAACGCUAAGGAGGCUAGCCCAGAACAGGGAGGCGGCGAGGAAGAGCAGGCUGAGGAAGAAGGCUUACAUCCAGCAGCUCGAGUCCAGCAGGAUCAGGCUGGCUCAGAUCGAGCAAGAACUCCACAGCGCAAGAGCUCAGGGAGUGCUCUACCCCGGCAGCAGCCUCCUCGCCGAGCAAGGCAUCGCCGGAAAAGGUCUCGGCGGCAUCGAUGGCCUCAGCUCAGCAGAGGCGGCGAUGUUCGACGUGGAGUACGCGCGGUGGCAGGAGGAGCACAACCGGCUCAUGUACGAGCUGCGGGCGGCGCUGCAGCAGCACCUGCCGGAGGGGGAGCUGCAGAUGUACGUGGAGAGCUGCCUGGCGCACCACGACGAGGUGCUGGCCAUCAAGGACGCCGUCAUCAAGGGCGACGUCUUCCACCUCAUCUCCGGCGUCUGGAGGAGCCCCGCCGAGCGCUGCUUCCUCUGGCUCGGCGGCUUCCGCCCCUCCGAGGUCAUCAAGAUGGUGCUUUCGCACGUGGACCCGCUGACGGAGCAGCAGAUCGUGGCGGUGUACGGGCUGCAGCAAUCGGCGGUGCAGACGGAGGAGGCGCUGAGCCAGGGCCUGGACACCCUCUACCAGGCGCUCUCCGACACCGUCGUCUCCGACGCGCUCACCUGCUGCUCCACCCCCAACGUCUCCAACUACAUGGGCCAGAUGGGCCUCGCCGUCCACAAGCUCACCACCCUCGAAGGCUUCGUCAGACAGGCGGAGAAGCUGAGGCAGCAGAUGCUCCACCGGCUGCACCAGGUGCUGACGGCGCGGCAGAUGGCGCGGUCGCUGCUCGCCGUCUCCGACUACUUCCACCGCCUCCGCGUGCUCAGCUCCUUCUGGGUCAACCGCAACAGGAUGGCGCCCCAGGACCAGCAGCUGGAGGCCGGCCCUCACACCUAGCUCUCAAUCUUAUCGAUCCACCACCAUGCGUGCCUGCGUGCGUGCGUGCAUCUCGCUCAUCCUAUGCAUAUGCAUGCAUGCAUGCGCCGGCAUGCAUGUCUCUGAGAAAGUUGAAGGCAGCGCGCGGUGACCGUGCAAGCUUAUAUUAGCAGUGCAGAGGGGGAGACAAGGGACCGUAUCUGAAUGAUAACCCUCUAACAAAGAAUGUCCUACCGUUGUGUCUUGGAUUUGGAUUUAUUAGUAGUAGCAGCUAGAUAGUAUGGUCCAUCGACUCAUGUACUCCUGGCUGAUCGACCUGAACUGAUUAGCUUGUCUUGCCUCCGGAUGAAUGUGAUUCGACUCUCCAUCA